AUGUGCUACAAAGACGAGGAAACUGGAGUCUGUGAGGCUUUGGAUGUGGACCGGAUGGUUCUUUACAAAAUGAAGAAAUCCGUGAAAGCAAUAAACAUCUCUGGGCUAGCACACGUGGAGAACGAGGAACAGUAUACCCAGGCUCUGGAGAAGUUCGGGGGCAACUGUGUGUGCAGAGAUGACCCAGAUUUAGGGAGUGCAUUCCUGAAGUUCUCCGUGUUCACCAAGGAGCUGACGGCGCUCUUCAAAAACCUGAUUCAAAAUAUGAACAACAUAAUCUCCUUCCCUUUGGACAGUUUGCUGAAAGGAGACCUGAAAGGAGUAAAAGGGGAUCUGAAAAAGCCCUUUGAUAAAGCUUGGAAGGACUAUGAAACAAAAAUAACCAAAAUAGAAAAGGAGAAAAAGGAACAUGCCAAGCUCCACGGGAUGAUACGGACUGAAAUAAGCGGUGCUGAAAUUGCGGAGGAGAUGGAAAAGGAGAGGCGAUUCUUCCAGCUGCAGAUGUGCGAGUAUCUGCUGAAGGUCAAUGAAAUCAAGAUCAAAAAAGGAGUGGAUUUACUCCAAAAUCUCAUCAAAUACUUCCAUGCCCAGUGCAAUUUUUUCCAGGAUGGACUGAAAGCAGUAGAGAGCCUCAAGCCUUCUAUUGAAACCCUCUCCACAGACCUUCACACGAUCAAACAGGCCCAGGAUGAAGAACGAAGGCAGCUAAUACAGCUCCGGGAUAUUUUGAAAUCAGCCUUGCAAGUUGAACAGAAGGAGGACUCACAAAUGCGCCAGAGUACAGCUUAUAGCUUACAUCAGCCUCAGGGAAACAAAGAACACGGAACAGAGCGGAAUGGCAGCCUCUACAAGAAAAGUGAUGGGAUACGAAAAGUGUGGCAGAAAAGGAAAUGCUCAGUUAAAAAUGGUUUUCUGACCAUAUCCCAUGGUACUGCUAACCGGCCGCCCGCCAAGCUCAACCUUCUGACCUGCCAAGUGAAGACCAACCCGGAGGAGAAGAAGUGUUUUGACCUCAUCUCUCAUGACCGGACGUACCACUUUCAAGCAGAAGAUGAACAGGAAUGUCAGAUAUGGAUGUCUGUGCUGCAGAACAGCAAGGAAGAGGCACUGAACAAUGCGUUCAAAGGAGAUGACAAUACUGGAGAAAAUAACAUAGUCCAGGAGCUGACCAAGGAGAUCAUCUCAGAGGUGCAGAAGAUGACGGGCAACGGCGUGUGCUGUGACUGCGGGGCACCAGAUCCCACAUGGCUUUCCACCAACCUGGGCAUUUUGACUUGCAUCGAGUGUUCUGGGAUCCACCGAGAGCUGGGGGUUCAUUACUCCAGAAUGCAGUCCCUCACCCUGGACGUCCUGGGAACAUCCGAGCUGCUGCUUGCCAAGAAUAUUGGGAAUGCAGGCUUCAAUGAGAUCAUGGAGUGUUGCCUACCAGCCGAGGACUCGGUAAAACCCAACCCUGGCAGCGACAUGAACACCAGGAAGGGCUACAUUGUGGCCAAGUACAUUGAGAGGAGAUACUCGCGGAAGAAGCACGCGGAUAACGCGGCGAAGCUCCACAGCCUUUGUGAGGCUGUGAAAACCAGAGACAUUUUUGGAUUACUCCAGGCUUAUGCUGAUGGCGUGGACCUUACGGAAAAAAUCCCUCUGGCUAAUGGACAUGAGCCGGACGAGACGGCUCUCCACCUUGCUGUCAGGUCCGUGGACCGCACUUCGCUUCACAUCGUGGACUUCCUGGUUCAGAACAGUGGGAAUCUGGAUAAGCAGACAGGCAAGGGCAGCACCGCCCUGCACUACUGCUGCCUGACCGACAAUGCUGAGUGCCUGAAGCUGCUCCUACGGGGAAAGGCUUCCAUCGAGAUAGCAAAUGAGUCAGGAGAGACGCCCCUGGACAUUGCCAAGCGCCUCAGGCACGAGCACUGCGAGGAGCUGCUGACCCAGGCCUUGUCCGGAAGGUUUAAUUCUCACGUGCAUGUUGAAUACGAAUGGCGACUCCUUCACGAGGACCUGGACGAGAGUGAUGAUGAUGUGGACGAGAAAUUACAGCCAAGUCCCAAUCGGCGGGAGGACCGGCCGGUGAGCUUCUACCAGCUGGGGUCCAGCCAGCUCCAGCCCAGUGCUGGGUCUUUGGCCAGAGAUGCCGCAAACCUUGCCAAGGACAAGCCGAGGGGCUUUGUGCCCAGCAUCCUGCAGAAUGAGACCUACGGGGCCAUCCUCAGCAGCAGCCCGCCUCCAUCCCAGCCCACCGCCCCCAGCACCACCAGCGCCCCCCCACUCCCACCCAGGAACCUUGGCAAAGAUCCCUUAUCCUCUACACCACCCCCUCCUGUGGCCAAGACACCUGGGGUGCUAGAAGUCUUGAGCCAGCCAAGCAAGCCCACCCAGCCUGGGGCUGUGCAGAGCAAGCCCCCACCCCUGCCGCCCCAGCCGCCCAGCCGCCUGCCGCAGAAGAAGCCUGCACCAGGGGCUGAGAAGCCAACCCCAUUGCUCAACAAAGGCCAGCCAAGAGGACCUGAAGCUCCGGGCCCUCUGUGCAAUGCCAUGGCUCUGCAGCCCCCCGCACCCAUGCCCAGGAAGUCCCAGGCGACCAAGUCAAAGCCCAAGCGGGUGAAAGCACUCUACAACUGUGUGGCUGACAACCCGGACGAGCUGACCUUCUCUGAGGGAGACGUGAUCGUGGUGGACGGGGAGGAGGACCAGGAGUGGUGGAUCGGCCACAUCGACGGGGACCCGGGUCGCAGAGGAGCGUUUCCGGUAUCGUUUGUGCACUUUAUUGCUGACUGAAUCGCUACUGAACAAAGAGCCUUUCUUUAGCCAUUAUGUCCCUGUUCCGUUAUUGGUACCAAAACUCUCCCAGAUAACCAGUUCCACGGAUUGGACUGUACGCAAGCCCCGUUCUUUUCAUACCACACCACUGUUCUGUUUUAAACACUCAAAGGUAGUUUUUAUAUAUAAGUGAAUUGUUUCUAUAAUUUGUAGUUUUCAUGAAACAUUGCUACACUUUUAUUAGAAAAAGCUGAAUUUCUUUAAAGGUGAACUGAAGUUUUUUCUUUUUUGAACUACACAACCAAGAUCUUGCUAGAACUAAAACUAAAUGAAGAAAAAUGGAAUCACUUCCUGCUUUCCUUAGCCUGAUUCUGGAGGUAGUGGUCUUUAGGGCAGCUCUUUGACAGCGAGUAAACCGCGGCUUCACGGCGCCCUGCCUCCUCCUGCCCCGCUGCCUUCCUCAGAUGCCAUCAGUUCACCUUUAAAGACCCGUAUUCCCGCGAAACCCACUCAGUGUCUGUUUAAAGCAACUUGCAAACUUACACAUUCGCCUUGUACUUUCUAGCCCUACCCUGCGAGGUGCAGCUUCAUGGCCUCCUGCAUGUGUGUAACCUGUUGUGAAGAAAAAUCAGCCCUAACCAAACGGUGACUUACUGCAGCAUAUGGCAAUCAUUCAUUCCUCCCGAGACAUUGUAGCAAACUGCAUUUCCUGAAUUUGGUUAAAAAAAAACUAAGGAUGAUGGAUUGCAAAACAGUUCUAGGGUUCAUAUGCUUCAGGUGUUUCAGAGUUUGCCUUCCCCAACUCCCUGUCAUCUAGAGCGGUGAGCAGCAGUAGAGGACUGUGGCCAGGCCAGGAUGCGGUGGCACAUUUCCUGCUGCUCCCGGUGCGUGCACCGCCGCCUUCCCUUGCUAGCUCCCGCAGACAUUCGCUCAGCUUAGUGUCUAGUACUUAUAUCACAUGCCCACAGGAAUGGUAGUCACACCGUCUUGAAACUCAGUGUCCAUCUGUUUGUAUUCAAGAAAUCUGUAUUCAGAACUCUGCAGCUCCUCAGUAAUGCUAUACCCCUGAACAUCCCGGCCUUAUCACUUAAACUUAUGCUACUCGGGGAAGGGGUGGGAACUAGGCCGUCCAUGAUAAAAUGAACUCAUUAGUUUAAUGAACUAUUUAGUCAUUGUGAGCAUAAGAUUCAUAGUAGUUAAUAUUGGAAACGUUGGCACUCUUUUCAGAAUAGGCAUGUGAUGCCCACUUGGAUUUUGAGCAAAAGUAAGGAAUCAGUUUUAGCACAGGCUUGGAAAGCAAGGCAACAAUGCUGUCACUGCGCUCACCACGACGGUAGUGACUGAAGCAGCUCAUCUUUAUUGUGCAACUCCUGUUAAGUGUGGAGUUUGGGGUUUUUUCUUACAGCAUUGUAUUUUUGUCUGCCAUGAUAAUGGAUGACAAAACAAACUGGAAUGUUUUAUGAUGUCUAACAAUCGAUUUUGCUUUCCAGCAUUCCCAUGUGUUACAUUUAUACUUAGUCUUUUUUUUAAAGCACUACAUGUGUUUUCACUACUUAAUUUCUUGGUUGAACCCUUCCUUUAGUCCAUUUCUCAUAGAUUUAGGAGUGUGAAGAUGUAUUUUGCACAGUACUUCUCCAGUCUAUCGUAACAGCCCCCUACCUGCAUCCGGUUCUUAUCAUCUUGAUCGAGUUGGUUCACAACCACAUUUGAACGUCAGUCCCAACUAACCUAUCAGGUUCACUGGUACAUAAAUACCUAGGAAAUAUUUUUCCAGUCUACAAUUGGGUGGUGCUAUUGUGCAGUCAUUAAUAGUACUCUUGCCAGAAGAGAAACCCUGUUAACUUCCUGCUAAUAUCCUUUCCUAGUUAUUUGUUCUUUGCAAAUUGAAAGGAAAAAAAAAGCCACUGAGAGAAAGAAAAACAUUGUAGAUAUCUAUUUAUAUUUAAGGUUUACAUUUCCUGACCUUCAGCUGCUGGGUUCUGGAGGGAUGACACCUCAGAAGAGGGUGUGCAGAGCAGUUCGGUCUGUGCCCCUGCGCGACGGGUUGAGGGUGGAGAACAGGCUGCAGCCUAGAAUGCUAUUUUGAGAUGUACGAUAUUCAGUUCAUUCACCUGAUCACUUUGGUAUAUCGCAGCGCAACUGUAUAUAUUGUAUAACCUAAAUUGAUUCUUAUUUUCAUUGUCCUUAAUGCAGUGAUUUAUAAUUAGAGCAUGUUUAAUAAGCUUACUCUUGUUAACUAGUCAUUUGACUGGAAAAAAAAAUAAAGUACUUUUAAAUGGG